AACAUUAAUCCACUUCCUUCUAUGGUAACUAGGUGCUUUAUAGAAAACUAGAGAUUAGACGGACUAUUUGGAGCAUAGACGAAGUCUAGGCUUUAGCAAAUUUUUUAUUUAUUUUAUAUAUAUUAUAUAUUUAUAUGACAUGUUUUAGUUUUUAAGUUUAAUUAUAAAAUUAUUAUAAUAAAUUACCAAAAUUAGAUUAUACAAAACAAAAGAAAUUAGACAAAUUUAUAGAUUUGUAAUAACAUUAUUGCUUAAUUUAACAUAUUUGGACUAAUUUAUAUUGUUUUAAACCAAUUUUAACCGCCUUAGAACAGUUUAAACCAAUUUGAAUUUUAUAAAUUGAUAUAAAAUGGAUUUUAAGAAAAUCAUUUUGGAUAGUACCUAAUUGCCGCUUAGACGGAAGCCUAGACCGAUUUUUAGAAAAACCUUUGCGGCGAACGCUAUGCCCAUCAGAGAAAAGCUUUUGAUAGUUUGGAAGAAAUCAGAAAUGAGAUUCAGGGUUUAGCUAGCUGUUGAUGCUCUGUUUCUCUCUCUCUGAUGGUUUUGGAGUUACAUGUCUCUUAUUGGGCUUUUGCUUGACCAUAUGGGCUGUUGAAGGAGACUGGUUACUGAUAAACUCAUCAUGUUGAUGCUAAGUUAACGUCAUUACUCAUUAGUGAAGAAAGUGUGGAGUUCACGUCAUGUAAUUGUGGGAUCCAUGAUUGCCCGAUCCGACCAGUCUUAAGUUAACUUUAAGAUCUUUUUGUUUGAUUCUUUACAGAUUCUUGGUUGUGAAUCAAUGUGACAUUUGGGGGACAAAGAGACAAUGAUUUCCCAUUUAAAAGAGACAAAACAGAGGAACAUAAGAGAGAGAGAUGGAGUGGACCCCAACCAGAAUCUUUAGUUUCUGUUUCACUUUUUUUUUUCAAAAUCCUGUCAGAAAUGAAUCAGAAAAUGGGGACACACAAGUUCAGAUUUUCAGGCAUUAUGCCUCACUCAUGGCUCUACAAGCUCAAAGGAAUCAGCAGAAGUAGCAGAAAACGCCUUCCUUCUUCUCCCAAACACCUCUCCUCCACUGAUGCUUCUUCCUCAAGAAAGCUCCGUGAAACUCUUCUUUUUUCUUCAUCUGUUCAUCACCCUCAAAUCUCUCCACCUACCAUUUACAAGCCUUCCUCAAGGCUCAAGCUCUCUUCCUCCUCUCUAAACUCUCAUGUUACUCUCACGACUUAUCGGAAUCAUCGCUCUGUAUUAACCUCUGUAAAUGCAAUCAUUCUGGACCCUCCUCUCAGUUCUCAUGUUUCUCUCACUUCUUCCUGGAGUCACCGCUCUAAGUCCACCGUUGGAAGCUCGUCUAAGCCUGUGUCAUCAUCUCCUUCUGACCAAAACUAUGGCUUUUCCCAUGAACCUGAAUCAAAGUCAGUUGACAUCAAGGCUUUGAACCGUGUUGAUUUUGAAGAUCCUUCAAUCUCAGACAACUCGAGUCCUGUCUUGGUUGAGACUGUAAAGCAAAAAACAUGUGAUACGAGGACACAGCAGAAACUGAAGAAACCGAAAGCUGGUUCUUCAGGGAUAAGGAUUCGGGCGAAUUCACCGAAGAAAGCUAGAAGGAAGACAAAGGCAAGAACAUCCUACACAUCAAAGAGGAAGGGAAACUCGGAGAGUUUCGCGAUAGUGUUGACUUCGGUGGAUCCAGAGAGAGAUUUCAGAGAAUCCAUGGUUGAGAUGAUUGUUGAGAACAAGAUGAAGGAACAGACAGACCUGGAGGAUCUUCUUGCGUGUUAUCUUUCGCUGAACUCGAGUGAGUAUCAUGACAUAAUCAUCAAGGCUUUCGAGAAGACAUGGUUUCAUUUGACUCACGUCACCUGAGAACUCCCUUCUCUCCGAGGCCAAGCGCAUGCAACUUGAUCAAACACACGUGUAACCUUUUAUAUUAUUGAAGCAGCAAGUUUGUUUUUUACACACUACACUAUAGAUAUUACAUGAAUACAGAUUUA